AGAUGUCAUGUGAAAACAUCCCAUGGGAGGAGAUCGACCAAUACAAGGAUUUCAAUGUCACCAGUGUUCCGCUAAUGGCAGUCGCCGAUCAUCUCGGACAAGCAUGCAAGGACGCAAAUGACCGGUUUAUGCUGUGCAGAAACGACACCGGAAACGAUCCUCGUCAGUGUCUGAGAGAGGGACAACUGGUGACCAACUGCACCAAGAUGUUCAUGGACAAGGUGUACAAAGAGUGCAAGAUGCCGUUUGCUCGUUACACUACCUGUCUUGAUCUUAACUCCAGAAAGCACCAAUUUUGCCGAACCACGCAGAUAGAGUUUGACAAAUGCCUGCUCGAGAAGACGGGAGUGUCCCGUGAAUUCACCUGGUUCCAGGACAAACAAGUUCCUCCCCACCAAACCUGGCCUGAAGCCUUCCGGGAGUUUAAAAGUGACGUCACGAACAUCAUCAAACACUAACUUAUAUUGAGAUUUAUAUGAUAGGGACGUAUCUAGACUAAAUUAUUAUUAAAGUGAACCUCCCUGUGGGAUGAUGAGAUUGAGAUUGAUCUCGUGAUAAUGAAUUGCGGGAUUUGCACUUCUACUUCUCUCUCCUCCUCCUUCUCGUGCAGAUCUAUGCAAAGAAUUGUACGGCCAAUUGUCUGCCGACCAUUCAUGCCUAAUUACCGGUUUUUGUUUAAUUUAAUGAACAAUCCUGUAUUGCGUAAUCUGGACAAAAUUUGUAAAAA